AAAGUACUUUCAGUUAUAUUCCUAUGCCUGGUCUUUGGCAUAUGCCACGCCACCGAUAAAAUGGUGAUUGGCUAUUUUCCCAAUUGGCUCUAUGCCAACUAUCCCGUAGAACAAAUCCCUUUCAAAGACUACACCCACAUCAAUUAUGCCUUUGCUAUCCUCAAUAACCCUGACAACCUUCCUUCGUUUGCCGAUGAAUGGGUCGUGGAAUCCUCGUUUCCCAAGCUUGUCGAAUUAGCGCAUGCAGAUAAUACCAAGGUGCUCCUAUCCAUUGGUGGUUGGACAGGUUCCAAGCGAUUCUCUCCCAUGGUCGCUUCGAAGCAGGCUCGCAAAAAAUUCAUCGACUGGAACAUUCAAUUUAUCGACAAGUACAAUACUGAUGGCGUCGAUAUUGAUUGGGAAUAUCCUGGUCGCCAAGCGGCGGGUUGUAAUGAGUACGCUGACGACGACGCGAAAAACCUGUUACUGCUGCUGAAAGAAUUGAGGGCAGCCUUGGAUGCCAAGUAUCCCGAUGACCAUAAGGAAAUCUCAAUGGCGGUUUAUGUUGAACCUUUUACGAGCAAUGGCGAAAGUAUGACCGACGUGAGCGAAUACGUCCCAUAUUUUGAUCACAUCAACCUCAUGGCCUACGAUAUAAAUGGCGCAUGGGCUGACUUGACUGGUCCCAAUGCUCCUUUCCGAGCUGAACAAGGAAAAGGCGCACAGUACUCCUUUGUGCAAACUAUUCGAAACUGGAAGGAUGCCGGUGUGCCUGCAGAAAAACUCACGGCUGGCAUGGCUUAUUAUGGUCGUGCCAUGCAGGCGAGCGUGGAUAUGAGGGCUUCGAAAUCUCAGUAUCAACAAAGUGUUGUUGGCGCGCCAAAGGGUGAUUCGGACGAUGCUUAUUGGGCAGACCCAUUUUGUCCCGAAGAUAUUGACGGGCUUUCGGGCAUUUGGAAAUGGAAAAAUCUACGUUCUGAAGGUCUCAUCAAGGACGACUUUAUUUCCGCGGGUAAAGGAUGGGUCCGCCAUUGGGACAACGUUACCCAAACGCCUUGGCUGUUUAAUCCUUCGAGCAAAACAUUCAUUUCGUAUGACGAUCCUCAGUCACUCCGCGUCAAAGUGAAACAUGCCCUCUGCGAAGAUCUAGCGGGUGUCAUGGUUUGGUAA